AUGAGAGAGCAGUGCGUGCUAGAGAAGUAUGUGAGGUUAUUGAAGAAAAUGUACAGAGGAGCAAUGACACAGGUGAGAAGUAGUGUGGCCAUGACAAAGGAGUUUCCAGUAAAAGUAGGGCCACAUCAAGGGUCUGCGCUUAGUCCCUACCUUUUUGACUUGAGUAUGGAUGUGCUGGUGAAAGAUGUGAAGAAGGAAGCGACGUGGAAUAUGAUGUUUGUGGAUGAUGUGGUUCUUUGUAAGCAGAGCAUCGAUAGACUUGAGGAAAAUCUGGAGGAUUGGAGGAAGGUACUAGAAGAAAGAGGGAUGAAAAUUAGCAGGACACAGUCAAAAUAUUUAGCACUGAAGCAUGUGCAGAUGAGAUCUUGCAAGAUCCAGGAUGAUGAGCUGAAAUCGGUCUGCAAAUUGUGUGACAAGAAGGUGAGCAUUGGGUUGAAAGAGAAAGUGUACAAGUCGGUGGUAAGGCCAGCUAUGAUAUAA